ACGGACCAACGGCAGAAAUAGAUCCGACUGUCGCGGAUUUGCUACGUUAACGGAUUAAAAUCCAAGUCUUUGCUGAAACACUUUGCAGACAUAAUAUAAAUAACAGGCAGCUGCUCUCCGUACGCUUCUCCGCGUUUCUCACGGAGAUCCGCGGCUCCCGUCGUUUGAGACGCUAUAAACAAUAAUAACAAUGGCUUCUGGUUCGCCGUCGUCCUCUCCGGACACCGCGACGGGCUCAGGUACGGAUCCAGCCCGGCCCGACACAGGAGAGCCCCUCGGUGGAGCAGGCUCGGACUCGGAUUCGGACUUGGGUUUGAGUAAAUUUGACUGCAGCGCCAUGGAGGUGGGGGACCGGCUGGAGGGAGAAGAGCUGGAGCGCGAGUUCGAGUCUGCCGCUGACCGCGUAAAAGACUUGAUACAGACGGCCAGCAGGGACCAGCUGCUGUACCUGUACGCUCGCUACAAACAGGUCAAAGUGGGGAAGUGCAAUACACCAAAACCUGGUUUCUUUGACUUUGAAGGACAAAGAAAAUGGCAAGCCUGGAAGCAGCUUGGAGACAUGGAUCAGGAACAAGCAAUGCAAGAGUAUAUUUCCUGUGUCAACAUCUUAGACCCUGAAGGCAGCACGAAGGUAAUUCCUGAGAAGGAAGGCAAAAAUGUGCACACUCGUGCACGCCUAAACAUACAGUCUUCACUAUAUCUGUUCAUUUCCCCCCAUGUUCUCAGGGAAGAGGAUAAAGACAUCUUUGACUACUGCAGAGACAAUAACAUCGAAUACAUCACCAACGCCAUCACCUGCCAGAAUGUGGACGUCAAUAUACGGGAUGACGAGGGCCGGGCUCUCCUGCACUGGGCCUGUGACAGAGGCCACAAGGAGAUGGUGUCUUUAUUACUACAGCUCAAAGCAGAAAUCAACAUUCAGGACGAUGAAGGACAGACGGCGUUGCAUUAUGCUUCGGCGUGUGAAUUUGUUGAAAUUGUGGAUCUGCUGCUGAAAUCUGGAGCUGACCCGACUAUCACAGACCAGGAAGGUUGUCUUCCCGAGGAGGUCACCGAUUCCCGUGCGAUCUCCCUUCUCCUGCGUGGGUACACUACUUCGAAAGGCUGAAUCGGCCUUGCAUCCCACCACCCUGUUAUUCCAAUCUCCUAGUCGCCUCCCUGCUCCCCUCUUUAGCCCAGCCUUCCCAUAAUCCCUCAUUCAUCCCUGCAGAGACUUCUUUUCCCCUUUCAGCCCUAACAGUCUGUAGACCUGGACUGCAGAAGGGUUUGUUUUCCAUUUUAUGUCUCUUUUUUUCCUCUCCCCCACCCAAAUUGUUGAGGUGACUUUGAUUUCAUUGGUUUAGCUCUUGUUGAGCUGCGGUUGUAAACAUUAGUCAUUCAAUUUAAUACACAAGGGCACUGCAUGUAUUUUCAGUCUUCUAUAUGCUGUAUUGACUAUCUGCACAGUAGGGUUGGGUGAUAUGACGGUUACUGUAAGACAGAUUUAUGAACUGAUAAGGUAUAGCUACAAGACUUUGACUGGAAAUGGUGCGAUUAAAUGAGCUGGACAGCAUAUUGGCAAUAUAUAAAUGACAUUGUGUGCAUCUGUGUGUUAAAGCAUCUGUAUUUAUCCAGCAUCACCAGAUCAAGCAAAAAGAGACAUUCCCAUUCACUUAUCUAUAAACGCUAUAAGCUAUCACAAUAUUUAUCAUCUUCAUGGUGUAACGUCCAAAUCCAUCAGAAUCCCACACAUAUCACCCACUCCUACUGCAACCAGCCAGGCCUUUUAAUCAGUUUAGUCUGUUCUAGUGGUUUGUUCAUGAUUCUGUUAGGUACCAAUGAAUGCUUUCCACAUGUUUCAUUAAAGUGUUCUGCAAAUCUGA